CGUGUAUCUUGUCCUAGUGGCAUCUAAUGGAUUAGGUUUAUGUUCUGCAGUAAUAUUUCAUCUAUUUAUUGGAAAUCCACAAUGCAAAACUCAAAAUAUGAAUUACCCGCACUUAAAGUAAUCCAAAAAGACUUCAACCUGCUCCAAGAUCUCACAAAGACUUUUGAAUUACCACUUCUAGAUAACUAUCCCAAUAAGCCGUUCAAGCAAAUAUCAUUAUCUAAUGGUUCUGAGGAAUAUAAAAUGAUUCAUAAUAAGUUCUCUACCACAGAAAAUAAGCAUAAAAUUUCGCAAGUCCACAAAAUCGAAAAUCAUUUUAUUUUAUUGCACUACCAUAUUGCCAAAAGCAAAUUUUUGUCCCAAAAUGAUGAGUUUGGGUUCGAAGAAGAAUUCUAUUUCCACGGCACUGGGCAGGAGAACUUGACCAGCAUUUGUGAAUUUAAUUUCGACAGAUCAAAGAUCAUAACUCACAAAUUUGGAAAGGGAAUCUCAUUCGCCAAGAAUUCAUCAUACGCUACUCAUUAUCCAAAGAAAUGCAAAAAAAAUAAUAAAGUUAUGGUGUUGGCUAAAAUGUUUUAUGCCAAUCCGCUGGAAAAUGGAUGUAAAGAAACAAUAGUACCAAAAGCUCCUGCUUCGUACACUUCCAAGAAUAAAACUGGAACUGUUUUGGUUAAAUAUGAUGAUGCUUCAUAUUACCCUGCCUAUGUUAUUUAUUAUCAUAGAAAACAUAACAAGGAAUAUGUGGAAUAUGAUGAUUAUGUAGAUGAAGAUGAGAAUGAGAAUUAUGAUGAUGAAUGUGAGGAUUAUUAUGAUGAGCUUUAUUAUUAUAAUGAUGAAGAUUAUUAUGAGGAUGAUUAUAAUAAUGAAGAUGAGGAUAGCUAUGAGAGUGCUUAUGAUUAUAAUCAUGAGGAUGAUUAUGAUAAUACAGAUAAGGAUUAUCAUGAUAAUGAAGAUGAGGAUCAUUAUGAUAAUGUAGCUCAGGAUUAUUAUGAUGACGACCAUUAUGGUGAAGAAGAUGAGCAAAAUCAUACUUGGGAUCACGUUUAUAGUGCAGAUGAUAUCUAUUAUGAAUGUGAGGAUUAUUAUGAUGAGCAUUAUUAUGAUAAUGAAGAUUAUUAUGAGGAUGAUUAUAAUAAUGAAGAUGAGGAUAGCUAUUAUGAGAUUGAUCAUAAUAAUGAUGAGGAUGAUUCUGAUAAUAAAGAUGGGGAUUAUAAUGAUAACGACCAUCAUGGUGAAGAAAAUAAGCAUUAUUAUAAUUGGGAUCAGAUUUAUAAUGAAGAUGAUAUCUUUUAUGAGUGCAAGUAUAAUACUGAAGAUAAUGUUGUACAUUUUCAUGAUUAUGACUACUUCGAUUGUUCUACAGACUCAGACUACGAAUAAAUAUUGAUGAUGGCGACAUUGUAUGUUAGAAAUUAUAACCAAUAUUUUUAUUAGUUUUGUUUGUAUCGGAAAUGUUCUACACCACUGUGGUAUACUUGAGUUUGUGUUUAUUAUUAGGAAGUGAACAUUAUGAAAUGGUCCACUUACUACUUAGAUAGUAGGUACUAUACUUGCAAUACUUUUUUAUUUGUUGAUUCGCUCAUAAAUUAAUUGGAACGUUUAUUAAUUCUAUUUUAUUUACUUUCAAUUCUCGACUGUGGAUGUAGAAAAACUG